CGUGACACCAUUUCCGCGCGAAGUGCUGUCGUCGAGAAAAUGGGCAUUCAGGGUCUUGCCAGACUUAUCGCAGACUACGCGCCAUCCGCUAUGAAAACAAGCGAAAUGAAGAACUAUUUCGGUCGGAAGGUGGCCAUUGACGCAUCUAUGAGCAUAUAUCAGUUUUUGAUCGCUGUGCGACAAGACGGAGGCGUCGCAUUGACAAGCGAUAACGGAGAAACAACAAGUCAUUUGAUGGGCAUGUUCUAUAGAACUAUACGGAUGGUUGAAAAUGGCAUCAAACCAGUCUACGUCUUUGAUGGAAAACCUCCACAACUAAAGUCAGGAGAACUUGCCAAACGGUUAGAACGACGCGAAGAGGCACAGAAAGCAUUGGAGAAGGCACAGGACGAAGGCGAUCAAGAAAAUGUUGAAAAAUAUCAGAGGAGAAUGGUCAAAGCGACAAGGCAGCAUGCCGACGAGUGCAAGUAUCUUCUCAGCCUCAUGGGAGUGCCAGUUGUUCAGGCACCAUGUGAAGCAGAGGCACAGUGUGCAGCUUUGGUGAAAGCUGGAAAGGUCUAUGCAACUGCAACAGAAGACAUGGACGCACUGACGUUUGCAUCGAAUGUUCUCCUCAGACACAUGACAUUCAGUGAAGCAAGAAAGAUGCCAAUCCACGAGUAUCAUCUCAGUAAACUAUUGGAAGAACUAAAUUUCACGCAAGAACAAUUUAUAGAUCUCGGGAUCCUCCUCGGUUGUGAUUACUGUGGGUCAAUCAAAGGGAUAGGACCACAGAGAGCGAUCACGCUUCUUCGUCAACACAAGUCGAUCGACGAAAUACUGAAACACAUUGACAAUAAGAAAUAUCCGGUUCCUGAUGGAUGGCUGUAUAAGGAGGCCAGACAAUUGUUUCUUGAACCAGAGAUCACUGAUCCAGGGGAAGUUGAGCUGAAAUGGGAAGAACCGGAUGAAGAAACCCUAGUCAAAUAUAUGUGUGAAGAAAAAGGUUUCAGUGAAGACCGAAUUCGCAAUGCUGUCAAGAAGCUUGCAAAGGCUCGGCAAUCAACGACUCAGGGAAGAGUUGAUUCCUUCUUCAAAGUCAUUCCCAACCCCAACAAACGUAAAGAUGACAAGCCUCCAUCGGGUCCUGCCAAGAAGAAGAAACAAACAACGAAACAAUCAGCCAAAACCGGCGGCACCUUCAAGCGACGUUAACAACUCUCUAGACGAACCUAAUCAACUGUAAUGUACCACAACAACUACU